AUGGCCGCUUCUUACUCAGAUAGCCGUAGUGUUUUCGAUGCCAGGGUAGACGCAUGUGGGCUGCCGAAGGAAGAUGCUGCGAAGGUCAAAGCGGCGGUGGGUUCACUUCGGCAACUUGCCUUCAUAUCCAGCUUUACUCCGGGUCAAGCGGAUGAGGCCCCACUUAUGGCUGCUCUGAAGUCGAUGUUGGGCCGUGAUGCUGAAUUGGCUGUCCAAGCUAGCUUCAGGGCAUUGUACCACGAGGCUUAUGCAAUUGUUACUUCAGAGAUGCGCCAAAAGAUCGAGAAGAGUGAAGAGCCCACGGCGAGGAGGCUCACCCAGCCCGAGCGUGCCGAGAGGCAUGAGAAGCAAGUCGCGAAGCUCGUGGGCGUACUUAUCAAGGGCGCUUCGGAGCCCAGCGAAGCACUCGUCGACAAGGCCGUUUCAGCUUAUGAACAAAAUGAGCUGAGGUACAUCUCUUGGGAGUCUUGCACCUCCCGGGAGCAAGAAGUUGCUUCGGAACGCAAGAAGGAUACUCGCUUUACGAUCGAUGAGCAUUCCGGGAAGCUUAAAGUUGAGAAUAAAGAUGCUGAGGACAAGGCCUCCACUGCUUCGGAGGUCCAUGUGCUUCAGGCUUUGCAGAGGCGAUCACUUGCCCUGGAUCAGGCAAAUCUUGUUGAGUACACCCUGAUGCAACAGUGGUCGGACCGGCUGUUGCGAGCCAGGAUGGACGAUCCACCGCCCCAGUACAGCCGUCCGUCUUGGAGCCAGCUUGUGGCUGCAGACAAGAAGCUCUUCAGUGAGCUGAGGGAUCUGACGCGAGACGGCGUUCAGUCAUCAAGUGGAGGGGCGCGCCCGCUUGACAAGCACCUCCCUGCUGUGAUGAUGUCGUAUGAUGUGGUCUGCUUGCUCCAGCCCAUGCCUCAGUCGGCCAGUGGGCGGAGCUCCGACGAUUCCAGCAAGGAGCGCCCCGCUCCCUACACUCCCAAGGGCCCUAGAAAGGGCGCUGGGAAAGGCAAGGAGGGCAAGGGAAAGGGACGCAUGCCUGCACAGCUUAUCGCUUGGGGCUGCACGUCGUGUACCAAGAAAGGAAAUCCUUACUGUUAUGGGUUUCAGCUUGGCAACUGCACAAAUGCUGUGACCAACAAUGCCUGUGUGAAAGGCUUGCAUGCUUGUGCCAUCCCGAAGUGCGGGCAGCACGGGCACGGGGCGAGCACAACGACGAAUGAUUCGUCAGAGUCAAUCGGUCGUGUGGCCGGUGUUGGCCAGUCAGGAAAUGAUUCGGAUGCCCAAGCCAGUCAGAGCUUGGGACCGGAACACUUCCUCGGCGGAUCAUCUUUCGAGGCGGAUGCAUGCGGGCAACCAGCUUCAAGUUCUCCUCAGCACGAUAAAUUUUCCACAAUUCUUCAACAGUGCCUGAGCUUUUUCGACAGCCUCCCGCACGAGUCAGUUGGGACCAAAACCGAAUCUCAUCGUGACCAGGUUGGGAAGGCCUUUUACAGCGGGAUGUAUUCUAAGGGUGUCGUAGGGCUGCGGACUUCGGUCCACCGGCACCCCGAGGAGGUGAAAGUUCUGACUUCGUUGAUUCGUGCCGUCGAGCCAACGAUGCUGUUCUCCAGUUUGGUCGUCACCGAGGAUUCUCAGGUUGGUGUCCACAAAGAUGCUCAGAAUGCCUGCAUCCAGAACUUGGUCAUCCCGAUGACUCGUUUUGGGGGAGGCGAACUGCUUCUGGAGGAUCCCAAGGGGCGCCGUGCAAAGGGGCCUAUACACGUGACCGCGCUGGACCUCUCUCGCGCCCUGUCGUGGCAGUACGUGAAGAGGCUUGUACAAGCCGGGGAUGUGUUUGUGGUGCAUCUUUCCCCACCUGCUCGCGGCUCGUUUGCCGAUGCAGUGGCUCCACUCGUCGCCGACUUCUGCUGUUGGCUCCGCUCCGCAUAUCCUUCUGUGCACUUCUCAGUUGUGUGUCCCGCCUCCGCGGCGCUUUGGAAACAGGCUGGCUUGCUGGAUCUUCAGCGGUCUUGCAUUCAGGUCUCCUUUGCUGCCGCCGACUGCGGUCCCGGGCCACAUGAGAACUUUCUCUUGAUGUCUUCACUUCCCGAGCUUCGGGUUUUUGAAACUACGGCCGAUGCCUCCAAGAUCCCCUCCGGGGGCCCGGCUAGCGCGGCUCCUGUCGCUGCGCCCUCGUUCGUGCAUACGAACCACUUUUGUACUAAAUUUGCAUCUGCCCUCGCCCUGGCCGCCGGUCAACUUGACACGGUACCGACACCAGCCCUUGUUACCAAUGCUUCAGCCCGAGCCGCCAAUCAGCUCCAGCCGCGUGUUUCAAGGGCCGUCGUGCUGGUCGAGGAAUACCAUUAUCAAGUUACCGUGCCCGUUUCCUCUCAGCUGUCUGACUUGGGAAUCGGAAAAUUGGUUUCCAUUACGUGUGGAGUCUACCGAAGCCCUCUUCAGUUUGCGGAACGAGCUUUGAAUGUUGGCCAUCCUUGUGACAUGUGCAGAGCACUGCCCGAUCAAGCUAUGGUCGUCCUGGGCCAUCUGCUCAUCGAGGGUCCUGUUAAGGUCCUCAGACGGAGAUUGGAUACGAUAACCCAGUGGAAAGCUUGGGCAGCCGAAUUGGAACCGGCCGAGGCUGAACUGCACAAAUCCUUGCCCCCUUCUGUGGCCGAAGUGGUCAAGGGAAAGCGCCUGCUCCUCCUUGAUCGUAUUGCCAAAUCCCUGCAAUGGCCUGACACCCGCUUGCACCAGGAUAUGACCAGUGGCUUUAAGAUCGUGGGCGAGGAGUUCCCGAGCGGAAUUUUCCCCCUUGAGCCUCGACCAGCGACCCUCACGCCUGAGGAGUUGCUGGCUCAGUCUCGGUCAACCAAGCCCUUGAUCUGGGAACAGGUCAACGAUGCUCCGCUGGAUGCGAACUCUCGCGAGCUUUAUGAGAUCACUGAGGCUGAAUACCGCGAGAAGGGAUGGCUCGAGCAACCUCGCUCUUGGGAGGAACUUGAGCUCUUGUUCGGGGAUUGGCUCCCGGCCAAAAGGUUUGGUGUACGCCAACGCGACAAGUUGCGGCCCAUCGACGACUUAGCUGCCAACGGUGCUAACAAAGCUUCUCGGCCCGAGCUGUUUGCUGCAAGUCGGGGUGGGCGGCGCGCGUAG